AUGCCGCUACCAGCCUGCCAAGUGCCCUGCCAGGCCAACGUCGUCGAUGGCGGCGGCCGUCGCGCCGUGCCGUCGGGCUUCUCGCACUGCGUACUUGCGUCAGUCGGCUUCGACCACAUCUUAUCUCUCCUUCAUCCAUCCCUCACCCACCCUUCUCCUUCUCGACCGCGAGCACAGCGCUUGCCUGCUCGCCACCCAUUUGACUGUUACGAACAGUCCGUGCCGCCGCCACCGUCCGUCCCUCGUUCAAACGUCAUCAUGAUCUUCCAUCUGUCCGCGCUCUUCUUCGUCGUGCUGGUUGUUGCCCUCGCGUGGUACUUCCGCAUCCGCCUCUUCUCCCUCGCGGCGCCGUACCUGCCCUCGCAGCUGGUAGCGAGGUUGUCAAACUACGAGCCGCUGCAGGGCUACUCCUUCGCCGAGCAGCGGGAGGGGGGCAUGUCGUCGUCCAACUUCGACCUCGAGGAGAACAUUGGUGAGGGGUCGGGCGAGAACCGCCAAGGCCUGGACGAGGCUGGUGUCGAGGAGGUCCGCCGCAUCAUGGCCAUUGAGCGGUGCACGUUCGACCAGGCCCGCCUCAUCAGGCAUAACCGUAUCCUGGCCAAGAAUGGGAUUGCGCCGGAUGGAACGCCCCUCGACCGCAAGGCUAUCACUCGUCUCUAA